AUGCGGUCUGCUCCUGCAUGCGAGGGCGACAUUUCACCCACCGUCUUGGCAAGAUUCCAGAAGCAUGCUCAGACUCAAGCAUUUCGAGCUCCUCUUCCAAAGCUUGAUCUCCCGGCUCUCGACCCAGACCUGCGAAGAGGAACCACUUUCCGAGCCUGUUCUGAGAAGGCCAUCCAAGACAUCAGCUAUAAAUACGACGGCGGGACACGUGGCUCAGUGCAAAAGCUCGAUGCGAACGAUAACAUCUUCAUGACGGCAGCAGAGAGCAUGAGGCUCAAACGAGCCGAUGUUUCGAUGGCGAAAGUUUCUCAGGAACCCAGCAAUAGAUUAGCUGUGAAGUGCGACGUCCAUUAUCCGUUGGUUCCCUCGGCGCCUUCUCGUACUGAGCAUUUUGAAGACACAACGGCGGCACUUUCGAAUUACUGCCUUAAUAACAUGCUCUUGUGUGGAAAUGUCGAAUACAGCAACGUCAUUCUCUGGAUUCUGCACACCUCCGUGACAUCGCCUUGCAAGAUUCAGCAGAGCUUCACUGUUCUUCCCAACUACCUUAAGCCGGACCGCAAUGCCCUUGGCACUACUUGCCAGUGGGCAAUCAUCGUCUUCAGGAAUGAUCCUGGCUCAAGUAGACUGCCUGCUGCGGUCAGACAACAAGAAACGAUUCUGCAAGCCGCGCUUUCCAACGUGUUGAACAUGGGCUACCGUGUGGAUGUAUGGACAAAGUCUGAUAAUUAUUGCUGGAGAGACCAAAAGCUUCAAGCGCUGAGCUCUGAUGACUGCAGGGGACCUGACCAGUCACUUCGUGAGAAAUUCCAGGCUAUGGUUGGCCAUGGCAUUCCUGGGUUCUCUUUCCACGAAAUCCAGACUAUUGACGACCUGCUGCGUAUUCGGGGUCCGGCGUCAGAUUCUGAAGACUCCGAAACUGUAUAUUCUGAGAUUGCCUUGCAAACCAAACUUGAGACUGAGGAUGAACUCGAGUGCGGAUCGAACUCCUGGUCUGAAUUCGACGGCUUUCUCGAACACAUGGAAGAGAGCAUUUUGCCAGCUGGCUCGGACGCUAAGUUCGAGCAUGAUGAUGACUCCAACUUCAGCGGGGUCUCAGAGGACUUGGACAUGGUGAUGAGGUUGGGAGGGAGGGCAUCCGCGUAA